AUGCGUUUUAUUUUAACACUUAUUCCCAUUAUCUCGAUCUUCUCGAGCAUCCAGGCCCUGCCUUUCUCAACCGAUGAACAAGCAUUAGUUCCGAGAAACUCUGACAACCGAGCUAUACCUGGUAGUAAUAAACUUGGGACCAAAAUUGGUGUCAGUUGGCCUAUUACCAGUCGUAAAUUGACGCCAAACGAUAAUAACGCGGAUUUAAUUGCCAGAGCAGCCGAAGAUGUCGUGUCAAUGGACUUCAAAGCACUUACCAACGGCUUUAAGGGAGCUGCCAGGAUCGAGUCGCUACCAGAACAAAAUUGA